CUUAGACGUUGGAUGUUCUGGAAGCGCCAGGACAAGAAGAAGCGCCCAGGAGACAGAGUGCCGAGAAAGGCCAAGACGAGGCAAAUCUGCAAGUCAAUCUGAAGAAAGGAGAGUUGUCUGUACCUGGAUGAUUGUGCGAUGGUGUAUGGCUUGGCUUGGCUUUGUAUUGUAUAUGACAGAAUCGUAGCCAUGCCCUUGUUCGCAUGUAAAAAAGAGUUGCUCGGCCCGGCACCCUGCGUGGCCGAGGGACGCGCCACACCGCACCCGACGACUGCAAGUGGGAGGAAACGGGAUGAGGGGGUGGUACCGUGGUUCACGGGGUCGGGUAGGGAGGGAGGGGGUCGAAACUCGAUGGGUGAUGGUCCAUGGAUGAUGGGCGAUGAAUAGGCGAUGGACCAGUAUCAGAUGGAAUCAUGGCAUGAGAGGGAGAGGCUAGAGGCAGAGGUACCGAUACUGGCGGCUUGUUUCCUGCCCAUCUGCCCACAUG